AUGGCAGAGUGUCGCCCCUGGCUCGUGCUGUGGGUGGGCUGCUGCGGCUGCCUGUGCCUGGCUCUCGGAGAGCUGCUAAAUGAUGGGCUGCUUGCAGUUGGCAUGGGAACAGGUGAUGCUGCCCGGCAAGAAGAAGCGGCGUUGCCCCUGGGGGACACAGUGUCCGAGCACAUGCUGAGACUGUAUGAUAAAUACAGAAGCGGCGGAGGGAGGGCUAAGGAGUCAUUAAGGUACCGACAAGCUCUCCCUGACGGCAAUACAGUAAGGAGCUUCAGAGCAAUGAAUGGGGAUGAACAUAAAAAAUGUCACUACAUGUUCAACUUGACUUCCCUGACAUCCUCUGAAAACAUUCUAUCAGCCACAUUACAUUAUUAUCUGGGGGAUCUUCUAAACUCCAGCCACAGAUGUCCUCAUUCUCUGUUCUGCACUCAACAUGGGCAUGCAAAACCUGAAUUUACAUUAUAUUUAACAUUGUGGAGCUUCAAUGCUCUUCAAAAUCCUACUCAUGUUAUUAGUAAUUUUCUCAUUAAUGUAUCAGCAUCUCAACGGGACCACCCACUUUGGCAGUGGAAGGACAUCACUCAGGCUGUACGUAAGGCCAAGGAAUAUGGUGAGGCUGUCCUUGGAUUCAAUCUGACAAUAGAAUAUCCAAAUUACAGAAGCAUAGACAUUUUAGGGCUCAAACCUUAUAUAUUGGUUUAUGCAAAUGACUCUGCAAUUUCAGAGCCUGACAGUGUUGUUUCCAGCUUGCAUGGGCCACAUACUCCUCUUGCUCUCAAACCAAACCGGAAAACAGAAAAAGCUGAACAAAGAAAAAAACGAUCUACAGAAAUUCUUUUACCCUUACAAAACAAUGAGCUCCCUGGUGCAGAAUACCAGUACAGUGUGGAUGAAGAGGGUUGGGAAGAAAGAAAGCCCUACAAAAAUCUUCAGGGACGUCAGAAUGAGAAGGAUAAAAAUAAGAAAAAGCUUAGAAAAGGUAGCCGUCAGAAGAGCCAAACACUUCAGUUUGAUGAACAGACCUUGAAAAAAGCAAGAAGAAAGCAGUGGAAUGAACCACGAAACUGUGCACGGCGUUAUCUAAAAGUCGAUUUUGCAGACAUUGGCUGGAGUGAAUGGAUUAUUUCCCCCAAAUCCUUUGAUGCAUAUUACUGCUCAGGUGCAUGCCAGUUCCCAAUGCCAAAGUCUCUGAAGCCAUCGAACCAUGCUACAAUCCAGAGCAUUGUAAGAGCUGUUGGUGUGGUACCUGGUAUACCUGAGCCUUGCUGUGUACCAGAAAAAAUGUCUUCGUUAAGCAUCCUGUUCCUUGAUGAAAACAAAAAUGUUGUUCUUAAAGUUUAUCCCAACAUGACAGUGGAGUCUUGUGCCUGCAGAUGA